AUGCCGUUGCGUCCGAGGUUUCCGCCCGUGGGGUGUAAUAUGAACGACAUGGGGUACCCCUUCCGAGGGGAGUACAAAGUAGAGCCCCCGCUCAAUCACGGCCACACGGGGGUGCUCCAAAAGGGUUCCACCGCCCUUAUGCUCCGUAUAACGGGCGCAAACCUUCUCAUUGAGAAACUGCAGCAGGGCAAAGGACAGGUGUUGCACUGCGAACUCGGUGUGGAUAAUGGCCCAUCAAGGACAGUUGUUUUUCCAUUCGGCGGAGGUGCUGUGCCCGUGCCCGGCGAUGGCCAUGAGUACCACCUGAACGCCGUGGUACAGGGAGGCGGUGGGAAACAUCGUUGCAAGAUAAUUUUGAGUGGAAGUGAGGGGAAGAGUGUUCUACGACUGCGAGCGCCACCGGAUUCUCGGCUCGCGGAUGGCAUUAUGCUAACUGUGGACGGACGGCGAGUUCAUCCCAAAGGAGGCUGGUACGAGAUUCCCAUUCAGGCCAAGGAGUGUUCCUUGGGGAUGGCGGAAAUGGAGCAUCCGCGGCGUUCCCCUUCCUCACUGGCAGUCGCAUCAUUGCCGCCACCCGCCACCAUUUUGGUUCAGGCCACCGCUGGAAAUCAAGACGAUGCCGUUCUUUUCUGCAGUGGGAGCGGUGAGGCUAUUCAUCUCACACCGAACCGACCCUUCACAGUAGCGGUAGAAAGCGGUCCAUUUACAUUUCAGCUGCCUCGUGCAGCGGCAACACAGCCGUUUCUUUCUUCUCCGGCUUUUGCAUCCGAACAUGCCAAGCCUCUGGCGGAAGAUUUUUCUACGCAUCGUUUUCCCGAGUUAGAGACGAUGCUGCUGGCCGCUCCUCCUGGCGAUGCAUCACCGCCAAAGUUUGUCGCUACAGCCGAAGGUUUUAUGGUGGAGUUGGUUGGAGACAAUGGAUCAUCCGUUUCAGGAUAUGGAGGUGCCCAACUUUCUCUUCCCGAUAGAAUGGAACACCGCGUUCGUAUUGUCAUCAUGGACACAGCUGGUCGUACGCUGCUUCGUCAAAAUACUGUGGUACCAGCGACAGAACGAGCCCCGUUGACAUUCAGCAUUGCAGAGGGUGCGCAUGGCACAAGAGUCAUCACUGGAAAGCCUCUCUCUCGAAUAAGUGUUGAUAGACUUCCGCCCGUUGGUGGUGAUGUUGGAGUGCAUGUAGAUAGUGGCUCGUCUCAUGUCGUGACAGUGCACGAUGAUGCCUCAUCCGCCGUGUUUGAGAUUGGACCGGGACAAUCCACUUUCUCUCAGCCGACAGCAGCAGUUUCCACGGGUGUUGAACCGUGGAUUCCACAACUUGCAAAGGCAUUACAAAGUCCAGACCUCGACAGUGCUCGUCGUGGGAUUCAAAGCAUCAUUCCGCCAACCCCUGAGGCCACAACUAUUGUUGGUUUUGUUUCCGAUCAGUUAUUUAAGAAACCACCCACAAUAUCUUUCAAGAAGAGCAACGAUACUGUGAGUGAGAUUCAGUGUGCGGGAUACGGCGUCACAGCUUCUGUGGACAAUUCACCUUCCUGUGCAAUUUACGGUCGAGGAGGCGUCCAAGUACAGGCAGGCCACAGUGUAACUUUGUCCGCUGUCGCGCUUCCCAUGGGCCGCGUGGUUGCCAGCUGUUGUUUGCACUGCCCGCCUUCCGAUAAAAAUUUGGAUGAACUUCUCGUUGCUCGUCUCCUCGAGACAUUUGAGAGGCACGGUGCCAGCCCAGAGAAGGUGCUGACAGAGCUGACAACGAUCACGUCACCUCAGUCUGCCAACGGUCAGCGACUUUUACCGCUGAUGACAGAAUGUCUGCGUCGCCUAACAAAUUCCAUUUCACGUCCCAUUUAUUUGAGUGCUUCUGACUUUCCUGAAAACAUGCAAAUUUCUUUGGCUCUUGAUGACAAACGAAUAAAACAACUUUCGUCCCACUCGAUGAUAGAGGUUCCACGUGACACGAAUAAUAUUCGUGUAUCCAUUCAACAACCCCCUGCGCCUGGAAAAGCGUCACGAAAUGAAUUUGCCAAGGCUUUAGUGGAUGCUUUUUAUCUCCAAUCAACAACACCGCUUCCAGUCCGUUGGGGAGCCGUCCCUACGGAAACUCCGGAAGAAAGGGCUUUGCUGGAUUUACUUGUACAACUUUUACGAGAUCAUGAAAAUGAGCUGGCGCGGCAGCGUACCCACGGAUCCACUUCCACCUCGGUAGAUGGUUUUCAGUUUACAUGUGGAGCUGGAUGCCUGAAGAACGUUCGAACGGAGAGACCUUGUCGAUUAAGUGUGGAUGUGGACGGAACCGGUUUUAUGAAUUUGGAACAAGGCGGUCAAGUACCGCAGGGAUAUGAUUUUCCUGCAGGCUCUGUGCAUCGUGUUCACAUUAUAGCACGUGACCCCGUAAGUGGAUCACUUUGUGCUGAAACAAGAGUCACUCUGGCAGCUCCAGAAGUGGCAGAUACGCCUCUAAAUGUGACUUCUCCAGUGUCUUGUUUUUUAGAUGCCAGUGUGACGCAGCUGCAGGAAGAAGUGCAGCUUCGACUUGUGUGUCCUCCAAGGUUUUGUAUUGUUUGUGGUGUGGAUGGCAAUAGCAGCGGCAACACUGGGAAGGCGGUGUUUAUCGCAAAGAUGAGUGCUGCAUGCCCUCAUAAUGUGAAUGUGCGGUUACUUGAUGAUGCUGGUAGGGUGGUGUUUGAACAACGACUUGCCUUGCCUUCUAUGAUCGCACCACUCUGGUCCGUGCGGCUUGAAAAUUCGUCACUGCAAGUAGAUCCCGUUAAUGGCGGUGGGAAAACCGUUGUAAAAGCUUCCUUGGAUAGAUCGCCGGAGAUGGACCUCAUCGAUCCCCUUUCUUUUGACAGUAAUUAUCCACAUACUGUUUUACUGCGCAGGUACUUUUUGGGACCAGAUAAUUGCAACACGUAUGUUGGAGAACUCUCCCUGCGUAUUCCCGCAUUUGUCAAUCCUGCGCAUGUGGAGGACGUGUCUCGUCUGUACCAAACUGCACGGUCAAGUGCUGAUGAUGAACUGCGCUCUGGUCUCGUGGAUCUUCGCUCCCGCAUGCCAUCCAAAGUGGUGGAAAAUCUUAUAACUGCACUCAUAGAAUCCAUGACUCCCGCUCAUUCUGCCGUUCUCAGAAGCAGCAGUGAUACGCAUAUCCACUUUAGACUUAGUGGAGAUGAGUCUUCUUUUGCUCGCCGAUGGUGA